CGGCGGGGCCGCUCUAUUUAUAGCAGGCUCCGCGGCGAUAUAAGCCAUGGCCGGCCAAGGGCUCCCCCGCCGCGGCAGCCGGGGCGGGAGCGGGCGGCGCUGCCCGGCCGCCUCCCGGCGGGCAUGGGCGGGCUCUGAGGGCGCGGCGAGGCCCCGAUCUGGAAGCGGUGUUUGGAAACCCUGGUGCCCAGGCAGAGAAACUAAAAGCCAGGCUGGCCGAAAGUUGAGGAGCAAACUAGAGUUAGGCUCUGGGCGGACCAGGCUCAGCAUCCUGCACCUCGGCUCCCUGGGACCCCUCUCUGCGGAUCUGAUGACUUUACACAACGCAUCGGGACCUUACCCCGUGGCGGCUCGGGGCGGAGGCUGGGGUUUUGUCAGAAGAGCAAAGCAGUGAGGAGCUGACCCCCGAGCGAGGCUGUCCCAGCACAGCAGGUUUAGCACCCUGGAAGCAUGGCUACAAGUGCCGUUCCCAGCGAAAACCUCCCCACGUACAAGCUGGUGGUGGUUGGAGAUGGUGGCGUGGGGAAGAGCGCUCUCACCAUUCAAUUUUUCCAGAAGAUUUUUGUGCCAGACUACGACCCAACUAUUGAAGACUCCUACCUGAAGCACACAGAAAUAGAUGGCCAGUGGGCAAUCCUUGAUGUUCUGGAUACCGCAGGCCAAGAGGAGUUCAGUGCGAUGCGGGAGCAGUACAUGAGGACUGGAGAUGGCUUCCUUAUAGUCUACUCUGUGACAGACAAGGCCAGCUUCGAGCACGUGGACCGCUUCCACCAGCUGAUCCUCAGAGUCAAAGACAGAGAGUCCUUUCCAAUGAUUUUGGUGGCGAACAAAGUUGAUCUAAUGCAUUUACGGAAAAUUACAAGAGAACAGGGAAGAGAAAUGGCAACAAAACAUAAUAUUCCGUAUAUAGAAACUAGUGCCAAGGACCCACCUCUAAAUGUUGACAAGGCCUUCCACGAUCUCGUUAGGGUAAUAAGGCAACAAAUCCCGGAGAAAAGCCAGAAGAAGAAGAAAAAGACCAAAUGGCGAGGGGACCGAGCCACAGGCUCCCACAAACUCCAGUGUGCCAUUUUGUGACGGGAGCGCCCAGGAGCGCCUUGGACGUCUCCCUCCUCCCCCCGACCCACGGCGAGGUGCAGCGUGAGGCCCCGCUGGGCUCCCAGCGGCAGCUCUGGCUCGGAGGAGGCAGCUUGAGGGGUCCGGACCCCGGGGUGAUCGGCCGGAGGGGGCUGCGCCUGGGGCGCCGCAGGAGCUGCGCUAACAGGAGGCGGAAGGGAGCAGCAGGACCUCGACGCUCGAACAUCCCCAGCUCCUUCCAGAGGCCUCCAUGGUGUUUGUUUAAAAAAGAAAAAAAGAAAAAAAAAGAAAAAAAAGUGUUGGUUUUAUCUGCAAACAUUUCUCCUUGUGACCCAUUUAUGAACAGCCAUGAAUAGCCCCCUGUUUGGUACAGUCGUGAGUGUAUGUGUGGGGGAAGGGAAAGGGCUUUUCUCUUUUUUUUUUUUUUCCCCUUGUCCUCUUCUCCUUUUUCGUUGUUUGCUCAGCAAGCAUUGGGUUGCAGAGAAACAUGGCUGGGGUUAGAUUUUUUGCACUGAACUCUCUCCUAUGCGGCAGUGCCAAAACACGACUUCAUAUGAAAGUGCAUAGAUUUGAAGGAAGAAAAUGAAUUCCAGCUGCUCUGGGUGCUCCAGACAUUGUGUCAGACUCUGGAGGGCAGCCAGCUCACAGACCAUAAACUCCAGCUUAGGAAAGGAGGUUUGGGCUUGGAUAUUUUUUUUUCUUACCCUUUGUCAAGAGGUUUUGUUUCUGUUUUGUAACUUGGGGCAUGUCAAAGUUAAGAUGUUUUGUUAACCUGGAAGUAUUUAAAUUAAAGUAAUUUACAAAUGGAAGGGUAUGUCAUCUUUGGGGGAGGGGGAAAAACAAAAAUUGAACUGAAUUUGUUUUCUGGGUGUUGAAUUUCUCCCUCAUAAAUGUGUGUAAAGUGGUGCGAUCUAAAUCCCUCGUUAAUAUUCCUUAACCUUUCCCUGCAAAGCCACUCUUGGGUAGAUGGAUUGUUUUGCUUUUCCCAGGCUCAUCUCGUGCAGAGACAAAAAAAAAAAAUCUGUUUA